CAGGAUUAGUGGGUGGGAUUGGGGUGUGUUCUGCCCAUAAAUACAGGCUCAGCGCUGUGCUGGCACACUGAGAAGCUUGGACGGCAACCCUUGCGGCUCACACAAAGCAGGAGGGUGGGAAGCCCAGAUUUGCCAUGGAGAAAUUUUCAGUGUCCGCAAUCCUGCUUCUUGUGGCCAUCUCUGGUACUCUGGCCAAAGACACCACAGUCAAAUCUGGAGCCAAAAAGGACGCAAAGGACUCUCGGCCCAAACUACCCCAGACCCUCUCCAGAGGUUGGGGUGAUCAGCUCAUCUGGACUCAGACAUACGAAGAAGCUUUAUACAGAUCCAAAACAAGCAACAAACCCUUGAUGGUCAUUCAUCAUUUGGACGAAUGCCCACACAGUCAAGCUUUAAAGAAAGUGUUUGCUGAACAUAAAGAAAUCCAGAAAUUGGCAGAGCAGUUUGUUCUCCUCAACCUGGUCUAUGAAACAACCGACAAGCACCUUUCUCCUGAUGGCCAGUACGUCCCGAGAAUUAUAUUUGUAGACCCAUCCCUGACAGUGAGGGCAGACAUCACUGGAAGAUACUCAAACCGUCUCUACGCUUAUGAACCUUCUGACACAGCUCUGUUGUACGACAACAUGAAGAAAGCUCUCAAGCUGCUAAAGACAGAAUUGUAGAGCCAACUGCGCACCGUGUCAGGAGACGGGAAGGCAGAAGCACUGUGGACUUGCAGAUUACAUUACAGUUUAAUGUUACAACAGAUGUACUUUUUUAAACCCCCACAUGUGGGGAAACAAUAUUAUUAUCUACUACAGUGAAGCAUGAUUUUCUAGAAAAUAAAGUCCUGGGAGAACUCCAGCUGAA